AAUUGAAAAGCGCCUUAAUGUGACUAAAAUAUAACCUAAUUUUUAUUUAAGCUUUUAGAAAACGUGAUUAUAACAGUUUAAUAUUUUAACUGUCAUCGUUUGGUAAAACAUUAUUAAUAUUUUAAAAAGAAGUAUUGAUUAUAAAGUAAUUAUCAUUAUGUCAGUACAGGAUGAACAAGGUCAAUUCAGUGAUGCUGACGAAAAUGAUAUACUGCCAGAAAAAUGUAAAGGGCAACCGCUAUUUUAUGGUGAACUUUCUAAAAAUAUAGAUGAGCUACAUAUAUCAAAGAAUGAAGCAGAAGAAAUAGAAGAUGACAAUGACAUUGAUUUGGAUGAUGAUGACUUUCUUUGGGAUGUAGAUGAUAAUAGAACCAGAUCAAAAGAUAUUGUAAAAAAUAUUCAAACUCAAAAUGCUAAUGCGCAAAAUGUUUCUAAUAAGAUUACAAAUUAUCAACCAUCAGAUAAAUUAUUCCGUCGCUAUGCAAACAAAAUUAGUAUUGAAAAAUAUGAAGGACCAUCUUUACCAGGGCAUGCUGCAAAUCUCCUAAUUGAAAAUGAUAAGCGUGCAGAAAAGGAUAGACUUAGAACUAAAGACAAGCAUGAUCGUGCAACUGUUGAACAAGUUUUAGAUCCUCGUACAAGAAUGAUAUUAUUUAAGCUUUUAAACCAGGGUAUAAUUGCAGAAAUUAAUGGAUGUAUCUCAACAGGGAAGGAAGCUAAUGUUUAUCAUGCAACUUCAAAAACAGGAAUAGAAUUUGCAAUAAAAAUAUAUAAAACAUCAAUUUUACAAUUCAAAGAUCGAGACAAAUAUGUGACUGGUGAAUUCCGUUUUCGUCAUGGAUAUUGUCGGCAUAAUCCACGUAAAAUGGUACGAACGUGGGCUGAAAAAGAAUUCCGAAAUUUGAUACGUCUUCAACAAGGAAGAGUAAAUGCUCCAAAACCACUUUUACUGCGUAGUCAUGUACUGUUAAUGGAUUUCAUAGGUACCAAUGGUUGGCCAUCACCGAAAUUGAAAGAUGUUGUCCUUAGUUCCUCAAAACCAAGAAAAUUAUACAGGGAAUGUAUUGAGACAAUGUGGAAAAUGUAUAAUAAAUGCAAACUUGUUCAUGCUGACUUAAGUGAAUACAAUAUGUUGUAUCAUGAUGGGUCUAUUAUAAUAAUAGAUGUAUCUCAAGCAGUUGAACAUGAUCAUCCUAUGGCAUUAGAAUUUCUUAGGAAGGACUGUACAAAUAUAACUGAAUUUUUUAAAAAGAAUGAAGUAGGUGUAAUGACUGUUAAGGCAUUAUUUGAUUUCAUAACAGACCCAACUGUAACUGAGGAAAAUAUGGAUAAUUAUUUAGAUAAAAUAUCAGAGCAAAUGACCCAAAAAAAUGAGCAACAGAUUGAUCCCAUGGAACAAAUUGAAGAACAAGUAUUUAAAGAAGCUUAUAUUCCUCAAAAUUUAACUCAGGUCAUUGAUAUUGAACGCGACAUAAAGCUUGCUAAAUCUGGAAAGGAAGAUUUAAUAUAUAAAACCCUUGUUGGUUUAAAAGCAGACUUAUCUAAGCCCCUUAGCACUCCUGAAAUUCUCGCUAAAGGAAACAACGAAAUUGAUGAUACAGACGAAAAAUCUGAUUUGUCUGAGGAUAUUGAUAAUUCCGAAGAAGACGAAAGUAGCGAAGAAGAAAACGAAUCGAAAUUCGUGAAUUCGGCUCGGCCUCGACACGAGAGUCCAGAAAGUAAAAAAGCACGAAAAAAAGCAGUGAAAGAACAGCAAGCAGAAAAAAGAAAAAGUAAAAUAAAAAAACAUGUAAAAAAACGAAAAGAGAAGGUUCUGAAGAAAAAGUAAUAGUGUACAUUAUUAGGAGAAACAUCUUCUAAAACAUUAUAUAAUACAAAAGAGUUGUAUAAAAGUAAUAUUUAAUUUGUUUGACUUUUGAAUAUUGGGAAGAAAAAGUAAUAA